AUGACACCAACCGAUAUGAGCGCCUUCGUCGAGCUAUGGGGCUCCUCGCCCUGCGUGAGCCCCGUCAGCAGCAGCACCAACCUCGUCUGCGACUUCUCGCUCCUCCAGGCUCAUCACAGCGACAUGGCGUUCCUCCAAGACUGGGAGGCGAUGGAGACAAGGACCAUGGCGAACAAGCACGCAGAGGAGGAAAAGGAGGAGGAAAAGGAGGAGGAGUCAGCCAGGCGAUGCAGGCCAAGCCGAGGCGUAGACGGGGAGAGCAAGCAUCACGAGGACUGCGCCCGCGGGGCGAGGGAGGGAAGGUGCAACGCCAGGGACGGAUGCUGUGUGUACGGGCGAGAGAGCUCGAUCCGCAGGGCCGUUGCGAUGGCUGUUACAGGCAACGUGGUGGACCUGUCAGUGAGCUUUGGAGUUCUGCUCCGAGUGUCGGCCACAACUUGA